AUGGCCGAAGAUGCCGCAAAUGCACGAAAUGUCCUAUCUCAGAUCAAAGCCAGGCACAGUGCAAUGACUCGCAAUGGGAGUCCUGCCAAGCCUGGAGCCGGCAGGUCAGCGCAGCAACCAACGUCACCCGCCAAGUCGCCCGCCAAGUUCACACCCCGGCCGUUGGAUGGCACACCUUCUCGCAGCGUGGGGCCUCUGGUAUGCGCUUCCAGCCACGCAUCCCAGCAGGCCGCAGCCCUGAAGGCUCUGCGGCAGGACAUCAGACGCAGGCUGGCGCAGCUCAACCAGAGGGCCUCGCCAGUCCAAGGCCGGCCCCCCCCGGGACUCCAUAAGUCUGGGACAACCCCCAGCAAACUCCAAAAGCCGGACAGCCUGCCUGUUCCAGAGGUCAGCAGCGCAGCCUGUGAGAACGAGGACCCUGCCCUCGCACUCCACUGUGGGAAUCCAAUGCAAUCCCCUGUUGCCAGCUGCCCAGCAUCUGUUGAGGCUGGGGCGACUGAGGAUCCCGGUAGAGACAUCAUCCUGGCAGGACCACUCACAACCCCGGGCACUGACCAAGGCCGGCCCGCCGCCAGUCCAUCGCCCGGCCCGCUUGCGGUGCCGAGCCAGGGGCAGCGCCCCUCGCCAGUCGAAGUGGCGGUGGCAGAUGCUGGGCUGGGAUUGCAGGAGCUGCAUCUGCAGCUGUGCGCCGCCAGGCAGCAGGCGCGAGAGGCGGCGCGAGAGGUGGAGCAGGCGUGCCUGCGUGUGGAGCGGCGGGACGCCCAGGCAGCAGCGUCUGAGCGGUCGGAGGCGGCCCUCGUGGCACAGCUGCGCAGCCUGGCCUCCCAGCUCGAGAGCGCGCAGGAGCAGAGCCGGGAGGCGGUGCUGGCCUCCCAGGUCGAGGAGUGGAGGAUGCGCGCUCAGGCGGGGAGCAUGGCCCAGUCCGAACUCGCGGCCGAGCGCAAGGUGGUGGCGCUGGACUCGCGGCUCGCCGUCGCGGUGAUGCAGCGGGAGCGGGACGCCAUGCGCGCGGCCCUGCAGGAAAGGGAGGCGGAGGCCGCGCGGCAGGCAGCCCGCGCCAUGGAGAUAGACGACCUGCACGCCGAGGUGGCGGGGCUGCUGGACGCAGGCGCCGCACGCGAGGCAGACACCCUGGGAGGGGCCGGGCCUGGGUGCGAUACGCCUGCUGUGCAGCAGGAGGUCGUGGAGCUGCGAGACGCGCUGGAGGCGUCGCGGCGAGUCACGCAGGACCUGCAGCGACAGAAGGCUGGGCUGGAGGAGGAAGUGCUGGCCCUGACCUCACGCGCGCUAGAGAGCCAGCCCCGGCCGCCCACCGACGCCGAGAGCUGGCUCAUGGGCUCCUGA